AUGUCAGCGUGGGAGCAUCCGGCCGUCGCGCUCGAGAUCACGCGUCGUAUUGCGUCACUGGUCGACGUAACGAGCUUUUUGCAUGCGCUGCCCAGACGCGCUCUUGACGACGCUCUCGUUGCACUCCUCGAGCUCAUCGACAUUCUGCCCACAGCCUUCCACCACGCGCUGUGGCCCGAGCUCCGUCUCUUGUAUGUGCCCACGACGGCGUAUUCUGUGCUGCAGCGAGCACUGCCAGCCAUCAAUGCGAUCCGCCUCACGCAGUCGAGCGACACCUGUAGCUUGCGCUUGCCCUCCACCGUGUCGGUUGUUGUCGAAGACACGAGUAGCUUUUGGGACAACGACGAUUCCCCACGACCCGCUCGAACUGUACAAAGCGCGCUCACGACACAUUCGUUGAGCGUCAUGGAGGUGACGAUCGACAUUCCGCCCUCGGCCCACGAGACCAUCUAUCGAGCGCUCGCCGCAUGUCGGAACGUGCGUCGCGCGCAUGUACGAUGGGCUGUUCUCAACGACGCUGCGCUUCACACCUUUGUGGACAUGAUACGCAAUGUGUGGCCUUUCUUGGAGCACCUCCACCUCGAGUCGACAGCUUCUCAGUCGGCGGCGCCGUCGCUGCACAAUACGAAGUGCUUUUAUGACUGGCUCAAGCAAGCUCAUGUUACCUCGAUGGUCUUGGAAGGCGUCAACUGCUCGGUGGAAGGCGGGCGCUUCAUUGUAGCAGCACUCUUCCAGUCCAAAACGUUGAGCUCGCUUCGCUUGCUGGACGUAGAUACGAUCGAAGCGAUACUGCUGGCCGCCAAGUACCCGCCACGGUUCGACAUGCCACGCCGGUUAACAACGCUCCAAAUCGGCAACUUUCUGUGGCGACCAGUGCAUCGAUCAAGGUGGGCGUCGAUACUGCAAGGUGCGCGCUUGCGUGUGCUCGAGCUCGCGGGGUCGCCAUCGGCAACGUCGAUGCCUUGCCUCGACGCCGAGCUACCCAUCGAGUUGCACAAGCUCGGCCACCUCCACUUGACCAGCGGGUCGUUUUCAUCCUCGGCAUUUGCAUCGCUCGUGUCGAUCUUGCGCACGACCACAACGCUGCAGACGCUCAACCUUCGACUCUCCAAGCUUUCGACGCGCCAAAUCAAAGCGCUCAGCCACGUACUACCGAUCUGGCUCACUCGCUGCGGCACGUCUCUCGUUGCGUCGUUCGUGAGACUUGGCGCCCGCGAGCAAUGGCGUUCGGCCUUGUACGUCUUCUCGGGGUGGCAGAGCCCGUUGCGUUGUGCACUCCUACGCCAAGGCAAGGCUCGUGUGAUGAUGCUGGCGGCGUCACUCGCGCAGCUUCGACCGCCGCACGCCGUGACAAUCGACCUCAGAAAGAACGCACUGUUGGGCUUGGCUCGUUGUGCUUGUGUGGCGGCCUUGGCAACCACCGAAAAUGUGACGCUGGAUAUGACGGACAACGAAGAGAGCGAUGACGAGGACAGCGAAGAGAGCGAUGACAACAACCGCCACCGCCGAUAUCGGAAGCAUAGCGACAGCAGUGAUGAAGAAGAAGAUGUGGCGACGCUCAAGGCCAAGGACCUGGGCGUGCGCUGCGUUCAAAAUGGUGUUUUUGCGUCGGCCAACACAACGCACACGCAGUAUACGCCGCCCGAUCGACGCACUCGGUACAUACCUUUUUAA